UUCAAAUUUAUUGACAUUUUUACUACGCAUUCAAACGUUUAUCGGAUUAUUUACAAAGGAAAAUUAAUAUUUAUGUCCACGUUUUGGUUCAGCGUAAUACACGAUGCGCAGAAACUCAUUCCAACCAAUCACGAUGAUCCAAAUAAAGGGUAGGUAGUGUUAAGCCAAGUAUGCAUACAUCAGUUUCAUCGUUGGCAAUUUUUCAAAAAAAUACUUUAGAAACAUGAGUGGCUAUGCUUGCGAGCAUCUAUUGCUGAGUUCAUCGUCUGGACACUUUCAAGUACGAAUACCCUUUGCUCGAUGAAAUAUUAUCCUUCGAUAUACAAAAAUGUACUCGUACACGUGUCAUCUUUUGGUGCUAGCAUACUCACGCACACCACACGUACAUUUGUUGAAUCCCGGGAGAGGUAAAUCCUAUCUCUAAAGUGCAACGCGCGUAUCUAUCCACAGAGCCUAGCUAUUAUGAGGGUGUGUAUAACAUCUAAAAGCAAAAGAGAGCCCGCAGAUUCCCACGUGGACUUUUCAUGUGUACGUUUUUCUUUGAGAGAUUUAAGGAGACACCAAAACCAGGGUAAAAUGAAAAUUACUAAACAUAUUUCCCGAGAUUUCUACUGAAUGUUUUCUUUUCUCAAAAGCCACGUGGAUUUUGAGCUUCUUUCUCUAUUCACGUAGCUUUUGAGAAAAGCAUUGCAAUGAUAAGUCUGAAAACAUGCUUUAAAACUUUCCUUCGCUCCUGACAUAUCAUUAAAAAGUAUCGAUUUUUGCGUUUUAUUCAUUGGUAAUGGAAAUUCAUUUGUGAACUUUUCUGUUGAAAUCUGAACGAGCCGUAAAUUCAAGCUCAAUAUCUUGGUUUUGAUGGCCCUAUCAAGGAUAAGGACUAUGAGUUAAUAUCGUAUACAUUGUUAUUGCCAGGUAUAUAACGAGGCGAAUUAUUAUCCACAUCAGCACUAUACGAUCCUUUUGAAAGCUCCAGGUCGAAAGGAGCUUUUAAUGCAGCAAACCUCGGAAGUGCAGUAAAAUCGGGGCUAUAAACGAGCGCAUUUCACACGUGUCCCAAGUUUUUUUUUUUGGUAUUAUUCAUUUUUUUCUAAAAAAUUAUCAUUUUUGCAGACUAGAGGUACGUGCGCAAGCUAUGCUAAGUAGGUCAGAGAUAUUUAAGCACGUAUGCGCGAGGCAUGGUGCGAGAGAAAGAGAGAGACAGAGAGAAAGGAAACUCGCGUACCAAUACAUUAUAUUUCGGUGCACAGUUAUCUGAAGCUCGCUCAUCCGAAAUCAGAGCUGCGGUUAUCAUCGAGAGAGAGUCGGUGCGGCGUCGGUUAGCACAAGCGUCGUGCUCGGGGGGAUUUCUCGCGAUUCGUCGGCGCGUAUAAGCUGCCCUUCGUGCAGAGUCAUCAUAUAAUGUCUCUAUAAUUUAGCAGCCCCUGAUCCGUUCGACUGUACCUGCCGCAGCUCGUUUCGGACGUAUUUUCUUUGAUCGGAGAUCGAAUUAAAGCACCGAGCACUUUAAAGUGCUCGCGCUUUGCUUACCUACAUUCCGCUCGCGCACUGCAAAUUUAUCGCUCACAUAAUAAAUACACGACUCCAUAUCCUAUCGUAUACGCGUGCUGGAGUAAAUUUCAGAGGAGAAUAUGUAUAAAUUAUGUUUAUCAGCGGAUAUGCGCUUGGAAUAUCGAUGCAGCUCGCAGCAGCAACGCAGCAAUAGCCACGCUCUCGUAUCGUAAAUAGGAUACUCGCUCUCGCACGGACCUCGACGCACGGCUUGCUAAGAGAGUUUUCCGAUUUUUUCCCCGUCCAGCUUGCUCGAAAGUUUCUCGAGAGCGAAUCAAAGCGGCUAUCGUGUAACGUGUACACAUAGCAGGCAGCGAACAUUAGCGGAUGUAUCGGGCCACGAAAGCACAAACAGCCGGCCUCACGUUUGUUUUAACAUUCGGUGUAACGUACUAAUUACGCGUGUACGGGCGCACACAGCCCAAGGCCCCCUCCCUGCAAAUGUGCACGCGGCGCUGGACGCGCAGAUAUAGGCGCGCGCAGAGAGCCUCGGAAAACGAGUGAGUCGCGCUCGGCGUGUGCGAUAUGGCCCUGCGCCGCGUCGUAAAUAAUACCAUCACGUAGCUGCGGCUCUGCUGCUGCUGAUGCAGAGGUCCUCUUGGACAGCGAGCCGUCGUUGUCCGAGAUAUUUCCUACGUGAUAUACUCUAGUGAUGCAACUCUCGCUUUACCCCAGCUGUCAUCGUAUAGCCUGCAUAAAGGAUAGAUUAAGAGUCAUUACGGCGCACGGCUCGCCCGUUUAUUUCGCUUUGCCGAUCGCUCUUGUUAUUUACUCGCUCUUCAAAUCAGAAAUAAUGCCGAAUCGAGUCUGCUUAACUUACAAAAUGCUUUAUGGCAUCUAAUAAAGAAGCGUAAAACGCGGCUGUCUUUAUCUACCUUUGAAACGUCAACUGGUAUACGACGGUAUUUACUCUGCGCGCUGUUCACAGAGUCAUGGCUGGAAUCCUCUUGAAAGGUCGCAUUUUAGGUAAGCUCAAGCAGUAGUCCUCGAGAGCAGCUGAGGAUCCUCAGAGACUUGCCAGAAAUACGUAUUCCUGAGACGAGGAUAAUUAGACGAUUCUUUUGUAUGCAAGUGUUGUCGAUUUUUAUCCCUCGAAAAUCCUAUGUUAGCUCGACUUUGAAUCUGCAAUGAUGUAACGGUAUAUCUCUUUAAACUCUCGAGCACGUAAUAGCUUCUCUCUCCCUCUAUCUAUCUCUUUAUCUCUCUCUCUCUCUCUAUUUCUGACUUUGCUACUGAAUAGGAAAUUUGCUUUACUUUAUAUAAUGUAACGCACAAAGAGUCUGCGAUGUACUUGCGAGUCUCUUUUUUUCAUCCUUUUUUUUCCUAUGACUUAAUAUGAAACUCUAAGACCUCACUUACUGCUUUCGAUAGUGCCCGUGAAAAGCCAACGACAUUCGUGAAAAGGAGCGCAUCUAUAGACGAGACUUUUUAUGACUAAUACUCUCCAGCUACUCAGGUGCACGAAGCAAAGUCACUCUUGCGUCUCUCUAUAAAAAGUUAAUGACGAGGAAGGUGAAAAAGAAAAAAUAUUAACAUUUAUUCACGUCUCAUUUAACGAUGGAAGAUUAUUGCUAAGUGAGUUAUGAAACGUGAUUCAUCUGGAUUUUUGGAGAGAUUAUGGCUGCGUCGUUCUGGGCACAAAAGUGAGUAAUUUCUAUUGUUUUUCUCACUGUCGGUUAAUUGCUACGGCAGAGCUGCGAGCCGAGCCAAAUUUAGCAACAGAACAAAGUGGUCGCGAGAUGCGCCUCCAGCGACGCGUAGAUUUUAAUUUCAUGUAUUCAUCGCCGCUGAUAAUCUCGAAACCGCACAAUAACUACUACACUGCCUUUACGCAGUGACAAUCGAAGCAGUUCUAAUUUGCGCAUUGUGCCCAUGAGCAAUUGUGGGCCGCGAUUUCUCCGAUAAUCCGCAGCAGAAUGUAAUCUCGAGCGGUAUAACAAGACGAGGGUCAAUGAAAGUCCACUUAAGCGUACAGAGCUUCGUCCCUAAAUAUAAGAAGUGAGGAUGAAAUUGUAUAAGCCGCGUAUGCUCCGGGGACGUUGCAUAGCAGCUGUAGCGGCAGCUGCGUCGCUCUCCCGCUCGCGUAGAGUAGCUAUAUAUUCAUCACGAGCCCUUGCAAUGAGAGAAAAUCGAUCUGUGGCUUUCUCAGCCUUGCAUGCCGUAAUGACCCUGGCGAGCAUCUUUUCCAUUAAAAUCGACCGAUUCCCCUUCUCGAGGAAAAAUUAAGAAUAAAUCAUAUAGACAUCGUGAAAACGAGGCAUUUUUACACUUGCACACGAACGCAAGAACGAUCUCGAGGCAGUGCUGUGCUUUUAGCGAAAUUCAUCAUAAUAAUAAAAGCUACGUAACGCAGACGUCGUUUACAUCCGCGUCGCAAGCUCGAUACCCGCAAAAUCCCCCCUCUCUCUCUCGCUCUCAAGCUCCGUAGAUAUACGAGCUUGCUGCUCGGAUGGUACGCGCUUGCGCUCGGUGGCCAGUAAGGGGCUGCUACACGAUGAUAUAAUUCUGACUGUGUGCGUGAAGCGCUGCGCACGAGCAUAGGAAAAAUUCGGAGAAACAUGGCGCUGCGCAAGAGCUACGACUGUUUUCCUGUGAGCCAUGUAGAGUUUAUCAACAAAAGUCGCUGCUAGUUUGAUUAAUUUAAGUAACACAUGUAACAUGAGUGCUUUUGAUCGGUGAAAACAAAAUGUGAAGUGGCUCUGCACUAUGGCGUGCAAGGACGGUUUGUUUCUGCUGGAAAUUGUGCUCCUUACUGCCUUGCUGCUGGUGUCCUACUCCGAAGGUCAGCUGACGGGAAAAGAGCACAGAACGCACGCCGCAGCCGAGAGAAAAGACGACCUAUGGUGCUAUCAAUGCGACAGUAUCGGCGAGGGUGACAGCUGCUUCUUCCUCAAUAUAACCGGGAACGAUACUUCGCUCGCGCAGAAGUGCAAGGACGACAGGCGCAUAUGCAUGGUAAAGCGUUUCUCCUACACGACGAGCACGGAAAACUCGACUUCUCAGCCGAAGAUGUGGGGUAUGGAGCGCAACUGCACCAACAAGUGCGAGGAGGGUUGCAUAGUCAUCGGCGAGCGCACCAAGCUCUACGCCUGCACGACCUGCUGCGAAAAGAACUACUGCAACACGGGCAACGGACAGUCGGCCGAUUACGUUAUCAACGACGUCGAGUUCUUCCUGGCUGUGCUGCUACAGUUUAUACUUGCCAAAGCUCUCAGUCCCUGCCAUUCCACCUCGUGAUAUUUUCAUUGUUAAUUCUUGAAACAAUGUAGAUAAGUUUUUUCUCUGUAAGAUAUCCUACAUUAUAAAGCUGCAAAUAAAAUCGAGCUCCAUUUCAUUCUAGUCUUUCUUAUAUAUGAGCAAAGUGAAAAA